ACAGUUGUCGGGAAAACCUCAUCGUAUUGAUCUUCAUUAUGGCAGUGGUGCUCUUGACGUCAAGCUUUUUGUGCAGGUUAAUGUAGAGAGAAUUCCCAUGAUAGGACAAGGUACAAGCAAGCGAUGUCUCUCGCAGGGGGUCGUAUUGAACCUUGGGUCCUGUUGUUGAAGAAGGACAUAAAUAGAGGAGAAGAGAACUGGACUGUUCAGAUAGAUGGUUUCUUCUGAUCAUAAACGAUUCUUGAUCGGAUGAAAAUGAUAUCAAGAAUGUGGAUUUUAUGGACUUUCUCAGUUGUGCUAUUUCUACUGGUCAUUGAGGGUCAUUGCAUUCAAAAGACCACAUUGUCUAAGAACUGGGGACCACAGUCAAUGCUUUACCUAAAGGGAAAAUAUGGAAGACGGUUUGUCCCUGACAUUGAUGACAUUAUAUCUAAUUCAGGGUUGAAAAGCUGGUAUGCAGUUCUAAAAGGGUUUCAAAAACUGAAUUCGUUGAAUGCAAGAAAACCAUCAGGGAUGAUCACAACACAGAACUUUGUUUUCCGUUAGCUGGAGUAGGGCGUCUGUGUACAGUGUGGC